CGCGCAAGAAAGUUCACAUUGAGUCUCAUCGACAUAGUAAUAAACAUUUUCUCCCUCCAUAACUUGGUGGCGAUGAUGAGGCGUUCCCAUCCCAAAUACCUUUAUAUCCCAAGGUGCGAGCGAAAAAGUAGAGCUGAGAAACAAACAUAAUACAGGAGAACACUUUAGCUUUGUUAUGUAGUAGGUCAGUUUCAUUGUUGCAGCGUGAGAUGGUUGCAGUACAAAACCAGACGAAAAAAGAUCAUUUAAACAAAAGAUUUGGACAAGGAUACAGUUACGCUAUAAAAGGCAACAGGACAACACUAGUCCAACCAGUUGGAGAUACUCUGAAGGUGGCUGUGUUUGGGCUCACAGAUGACAGAUAGAAAUAUGGUUCCGCUGCAGAUGUCUUUUCUGCUGUUGCUUUUGGCUCUCACUGCAGCAGAGACAGCUCCAGAGAGGAUCAUUGGGGGUCAGGAGGUCGUGCCGUACUCAAUCAAAUAUCAGGUAUCCCUGCAGACUGAGAAGAAGGAACACUACUGUGGGGGAACCUUAGUGCACCCUAGAUGGGUGGUGUCUGCUGCCCACUGCUGGAGACCGUCCAGUCUGAUGCUCGUGGUGUUAAGUGAACACAACCUGAAGGUAGACGAAGGCUAUGAACAGACCUAUAAUGUCACAGUGAUAUAUAGGCACAACUAUAACUACAAGACAUUCAACAACGACAUCAUGCUCAUCAAGCUGAGUUCGCCGGCAGUGUUGAAUGCCCACGUCCAGCCGGCUGUUCUGCCUUCUGUGGACAGUCCCGAUCAAAAUUUUGCAGUCUGCACAGUGAGCGGCUGGGGUGUGACGCAGGUUUACAGUUACUACCUCUCUCCUGUGCUGCGUGCCGUGGACGUGAGAAAAAUGCCUUACACGUAUUGCACGUUUUACUACUGGGGCAGGCUCACUGAGAACAUGCUGUGUGCUGGAUCUCCAAUGGGUGGCAAAGAUUCCUGCCAGGGUGACUCUGGUGGUCCCCUUAUCUGCAAUGGCAAGUUCGAGGGCAUCGUCUCCUGGGGUAUCGGUUGCGCGCACGCAUACUUCCCUGGAGUCUACACCAAAGUGCGGAACUACGUCUCCUGGAUCAACUGGAUUAUUGAACAUGACAAUUCAUGAACAGUCAGCCACAAUCCUUGAUGAGCAGCCAAUUCAUGACAUUAUUUUCAAAGGCCUUUUAUUUUAUUGCUAAUAACUUUCUUUGUGGUUUCAUAGUACUAAAUGAUCAACUUAACACACUAGGUUUAAUUGCAAAUUAUAAUGUUGGGGUACGCGAUAGAGAGUCAGGAUUAUCAGUCUUGUGUAGUUAUAAGGUUUCCUGGAAGUAUGUUCAUAUGCUCAUUACUCAGUGGUUUUCACUCAUUAAAUGAAAUACAGAAAUAAACAUUA